GAGUUUUGAUCUUGUUGCUCAGGCUGGAGUGCAAUGGUGCGAUCUCAACUCACUGCAACCUCUGCCUCCUGGGUUCCAGCAAUUCUCCUGCCUUGGCCUCCCAAAUAGCUGGGAUUACAGGCAUGCGCCACCACGCCUGGCUAAUUUUGCAUUUUUAGUAGAGACAGGGGUUUCUCCAUGUUGGUCAGGCUGGUCUCGAACUCCCGACCUCAGGUGAUCCGCCCGCCUUGGGCUCCCAAAGUGCUAGGACUACAGGCGUGAGCAACCGCGUCCAGCGGCAUUCUUUCCCCCAUUCGCUGUUUUAUUUUAUGCCACAAUGAGAAGGCGGGGCUAAGCAAAGUAGGUUUUUGUUUUGUUUGGUUUUUUUGAGACGGAGUUUCGCUCUUGUUGCCCAGGCUGGAGUGCAAUGGCACCAUCUCGGCUCACCGCAACCUCCUCCUCCUGGGUUCAAGCGAUUCUCCUGCCUCAGCCUCCCGAGUAGGUGGGAUUGCGGGCACGCGUUGCGCCACCACGCCUGGCUAAUUUUGUAUUUUUAGUAGAGACGGGGGGGGGGUUCCUCCAUGUUGCCCAGGCUGGUCUUGAACUCCCGACCGCAGGUGAUCCGCCUGCCUCGGCCUCCCAAAAGUGCUGGGAUUACAGGCGUGAGCCACAGCGCCCGGGCGCAAAGUACGUAUUUUUUAUUAUAGUUUGUUGUUAUUGCUGUCAUUCCUAUUUUGAGGUGAUUAAGUACCCUCCUGGGCCUGACUCGAACAAGACCACGGUCGGUUGCUCCUCCCUCGCCUCCAUUCCUACUUACAGGAUGGCAACUGCGCGUCACCUGACCAGAGACAAGGCGGGACGCGAGGCUAACAGUUUGUCCUCAGCGCGCCGCCGUAGCCCCCGCCGCCGGCCGCGCGGUGGCCCCUCCCGCCCACGCGCCAGAGUCGCAGUGGGCGGGCCUACGUGCUCCGCCCGCUGUGAGCCUGUCCGGCCCCCGCCCGCUCCGGAGCAACCCGCGAGCUUACACCGGCUUCUCUCUGUUCUCAGCCUGCGCGCCGCCAUCGCCGUCAUGCUGGGCGCCGCUCUCCGCCGCUGCGCUGUGGCCGCAACCACCCGGGCCGGCCCUCGAGGCCUCCUGCACUCCGCCCGGACCCCCGGCCCCGCCGCGGCUAUCCAGUCAGUUCGCUGCUAUUCCCAUGGGUCACAGGAGACAGAUGAGGAGUUUGAUGCUCGCUGGGUAACAUACUUCAACAAGCCAGAUAUAGAUGCCUGGGAAUUGCGUAAAGGGAUAAACACACUUGUUACCUAUGAUAUGGUUCCAGAGCCCAAAAUCAUUGAUGCUGCUUUGCGGGCAUGCAGACGGUUAAAUGAUUUUGCUAGUACAGUUCGUAUCCUAGAGGCUGUUAAGGACAAAGCAGGACCUCAUAAGGAAAUCUACCCCUAUGUCAUCCAGGAACUUAGACCAACUUUAAAUGAACUGGGAAUCUCCACUCCAGAGGAACUGGGCCUUGACAAAGUGUAAACCCCAUGGAUGGGCUUCCCCAAGGAUUUAUUGACAUUGCUACUUGAGUGUGAACAGUUACCUGGAAAUACUGAUGAUAACAUAUUACCUUAUUUGAACAAGUUUUCCUUUAUUGAGUACCAAGCCAUGUAAUGGUAACUUGGACUUUAAUAAAAGGGAAAUGAGUUUGAACUGAAA